UUGCCUGUUCUGACGCCGCCGGGGCGCCAAGCCAAUGCCUCUUCUUCCCAACCUCCGGUGGCGGCUGGCGGCUGGCGGCGGCGGCGGCCUCCUUAGCCCGCCGCAUUGCCCAGCGUCAGGCGCUAGGAAUUGCCGUAACUCCACACGCGGCGACGGGAUUGUGAGUUGAGAGGCCAGGGGCGCGUGCGGCGUGCCGAUGCCAGGCACCCAUGACGCACGACCACCUCGCCGCCCUCCUCCUCCGCGGCGGCGGCGGCGGCCACCCGCGCGCCGUACACGGUGCCGCCGUAAAGCUCGGCUGCCUCGCCUCCGCCUACCUCUGCAACAACCUCCUCCUCUCGUACCAGGCCCGCGGCCUCCUUGCGGACGCCCGGGCCCUGUUCGAUGAAAUGCCCCGCCGCAACGUCGUCUCCUGGUCCGUUCUCAUCUCCGCCUCAUCACGCCUCGGUAUCCUCGGGGAGGCUCUCUCCCUGUUCGCCGGCAUGCUUCGUGGUGGGGAGCACGACCGCCCCAACUCGUUCGCGGUCGCUGCUCUGCUCGCGGGGUCUGCCCGCGCCAGGGGAGCUGUCGCGGGCGAGCAAGUGCAUGCCUCCGCGGUCAAGCUUGGUGUCGCCGACGACGAGAGUGUUGCGGGGGCGCUGGUCGACAUGUACGCCAAGUGUUGCCGCGUGGGCUCGUCGUGGCAGGCGUUCCUGCUCACGCCGCAUAGGAGCGUUAUGACCUGGACAAGCAUGAUGGCUUGCCUUGUCAAUCACGGAGCUCCAGGGUCCCGUGACACAGCUACCUUCCUAUUCAAGAAGAUGCUGAGUUUGAAGGUUUGGCCAACAAAUGCUACUUUUUCUUGCAUUCUGAAGGUGUUUGAUGUGCCCGAGUUGCUCCCCAGCGGAAAGCAGGUUCAUGGCUGCUUGGUGAAGAUGGGGACUGAGGUGGACCCUGCUUUAGGAACUGCUCUUAUGACGAUGUACAGUAGAUGUGGUGGAAUGGAUGAGAUAACUAGGUUGGCUUGCCGGAUAAGGCACGAUGUAUGCUCCAGGACUUCGCUGCUUGUAGCCUAUGCACGCAACGGUUGCAAUAUGGAGGCGGCUGGAGUUUUUCGGGACAUGUUGAUGAGUAAUAUGCCUAUUGACCAAUCGGCUAUAACUAGCCUGCUGCAGAUUUGUUCAUCACUAGGACAACUGAGAGUGGUCAAGGAGGUCCAUUGCUAUGCUCUAAAGAAUUUUUGUAAGUUGGAUACGUUACUUUUGAAUGCUAUCAUCACUGUUUAUGGCAGAUGUGGCGAUAUAAUGAGUGCAGAGAUUGCAUUUAAUACAUUGGAAAAUAAGGACACCAUAUCAUGGACAGCAUUAUUAACUUGCUAUGUGCAGAAUGAUUUUUCUCAAGAUGCACUAUUCUUCUUUAGGGAAAUGGUUCGGAAAGGGCUAGAAUCAUCAGUAUUUUGCAUCACAAGUGUGUUACGUGCCUGCUCUGCCACUGCUAGUCUUUCUUGUGGAUGGCAAAUUCACUCGAUGGUGAUUAAGUUAGGAGUUGAUGAUGACAACUCUGUGGAGAAUGCCCUUGUUGCAAUGUAUGCAAAAUGUGGAGUUGUUCGGGUUGCAUUGAAGAUUUUUAAUUCAAUGAGGAAUAGGGGUAUUAUCUCUUGGAAUUCACUAAUCACAAGUUUUUCUCAGCAUGGCAAUGAGGUUGCAGCCAUCCAACUAUUUGGUAUGAUGCAAGAAGAAAUGGUAUGUCCAGAUGAUUACACUUUUGUUGGACUAUUAUCAUCUUGUAGCCGAAUGGGCCUAGUUGCAGAGGGUUGUGAAUACUUCACACAGAUGAAGACUAAGUACAAUCUGGAACCCAAGAUGGAACAUUACACAUGCAUGGUUGAUCUAUUUGCUCGCGCUGGCAGAUUUUCUGAUGCGAUAAAGUUCAUUGAUGCCAUGCCUUGUCAACCAGACCAACUUGUGUGGAAAGCUUUGCUAGCUUCAUGCAGGGUUCAUGGUAAUUUAGAUUUAGGAAGGCUUGCAGCAAAGAAGAUUUUGGAAAUAAGACCAGAGGAUCCUUCACCAUACAUUAUAUUAUCCAGCAUUCAUGCUUCGAUUGAUAUGUGGGAUGAAAAAGCCCGAAAUCGAAAUUUAUUAGACUUCCAACAAUUAAGGAAGGACAUGGGAAGUAGUCAGCUUGAUGCACAAGAAUUUUCAAAUGAUAUAUUUGAUGCAUUACAAGUUGGAGUAACAUAAGAUUGAUGAUACGCGGAUGCUUCCUUGUCUGCAAUGAGCGAACUUGGUAGGUGCAUUGCCAAAUUUUAGGGGACAAAUAGAGAUAAUUCUUGCUCUGAAGGAAUGACUGAAGCCUUGUGACAAUGUCCAAUUUGCAAAUGCCACAAGUUACUACCAGACAAUGCAGUGAAAUUUGAUGAUCUGAGAGCAGGAUGAACAGAGACUGGAGAAUGCUUGGGGAUUAGCAUGUUAGGCAAGAAGAUCCAAACCUUGUAUUAAAUGAUGGACAUCUUCUGCAGCAUAGAAUGAGUGAAAUGGGCUAUCCUCCACUCCAUGUAACCUAGGGUGUUUAUGCGCGUUUUUAAUAAAACCUGUACCUGCAUAUGUUUAAACAUUGUUUUCAUGUCUAUUUAUUGAAGCAUAUUUUUAUGAGUCCAUCCGUCAUUAUGAUUGUUAGAUUAGAUGUCAAUGACGAGGACAAGCCUUCUGGUAUCACGAUACAUAAGAAUAGGGAAAUGAACAAGAAUAUGAGAAGGGAGAACUUCCAGAGAAAAGCAAACCAUUUCCUCAGGGCAUCAUCAUUCAUCAAAUUCUAGAGAGCAGUGUGACAGAGUCCUACUGCUAUCAUUAUUCACCAAUAUACUAUUCCUAUGACUAUGGACUAGCAAGCCCCAGUCUUUGAAGGUCUCAUCCAGGUAGGGGACUGAGAAGCUUGUAGGCUGUGAAAAUUCACUAGCCAAUGAGGCAAUCAUGGUGCCUGAACUGUGCAUGACAUACUCAAGCAGGAAGUACUAAGCCAGUUAACAUGAGCUUAGAGAUGUUAUUAUGCCAUUCUAGAGACUGUCAUGGUAGGCCCAACUGCCAUGGAGGUGAAUAAAACAUAUAGUAUAGCUUAUUUGUACUAUAUAAAUUGAUUGAUGAAGAAUCUGAUUUCUGCAAACUUAGAGCUGACAUAACUUUAUAAAUCUCUUUUGCUUCCUUGUAUUGUGUAGCCUCUUCCUGGAGAUACUGUAGACUGCAAGUCUUUUCACUUUUGUAUGGAGUUGUAAAAUGCAUAUAAGAUUUGUUAGCUCAUUUUUUUAUACCUAUGAGCAUGAAAUUAAUUUUUGAAAAGAACUACAAGAGCAAGAUUAUAGCCUCAAUCUUCAACAAUUAUGCAAGUUUGUUUUCAGAUGAUAUAUAUUUGAUACAUAGCUAUUAGCAAGUUGGAAUAAUGUCUGACUGAUAAUGUUCUGCUGAUGCUUCCGUUUUUGUACCCAGGGAAAUUAAUCUUCAUCAGUUUUAGUUAGAUGUAACAUAAUGGAAUUAAUCGUGUGAAAUCUACCUAUUGCAUGAUGUGUUCAUGAUGAACAUUUAUGUGAGGAGAUAUGGAAAUGAUGGAUUAUGAUUAUCAUCAUUUGCAUGGUGACAGGACAUGUUUGCAGUGUGGUUCUUGCUUCAAAUGCAAGACAAUAUAUAUAGCAUGGUUCUGACAUUGUGGUAAACUGCAUACAGAGUGGUCACUAUUGUCUUCAGUAUAGUCGCUCUCUUUUGCAGUUUAAGCAGACAUUUUCAUGUCUUGAAAAUAUAGAGGUUUGGGCAUUGGUGAAUGCUAAUGCCAUAUGAAGUCUUCAGCAACUUCUGCUUCCGAAAACAAUGGGAGAAGUUCCAGUGGCCUCGUCGAAUCACCUCAAGAGCUGCCAAGAAGAACAGAGUUACUCUGGAAUCCAGGCUUCCGAUGUU